AUGGCUGAUUCUUCAACGAACCCAAAGGAUCAUCAAAAUUCACGUCUCUACCAUCCCUACCAGCACCUCAACAUUCCCGUCGACAAGCUCUACAACCUCCCCACCUCGCCGGAGCAUCUUUUCCCCGAAGAAGCUUCCAGAAAGCACCGUUCAUGGGGCGACAACCUCCAGUACUACACCGGCACCGGCUACCUCUCCGGCUCCAUCAUCGGAGGCACCAGAGGAUCCAUCGAAGGUCUUAAGGCUGCUGAGUCAGGGGAGUCUUUUAAAAUCCGAGUCAACCGUGUUCUUAACUCGGGUGGUCAAGGAGGUCGUAGACUCGGUAACUCGCUUGGGGUUCUGGGACUGAUCUUUGCAGGGUUGGAGAGUGCUAUGAUCCAUGUUAGGGAGACGGAUGACUUGGUUAACAGCGCGGUUGCUGGACUUGGUACCGGAGCGCUGUAUAAAGCUGCGGCGGGUCCCCGAUCAGCGGCUAUAGCUGGUGCUCUUGGUGGAAUUGCGGCGGCUGUGGCAGUUGCCGGGAAGCAAGCUUUGAAACGACACAUUCCGAUUUAA